AUGUCUGAGGAUCAUGAAGGGGAUCCAGGCUCUGGGCUGUGCAGGGUGUCUGUACUCUGCUGUCUGACACUGGCAUGUUCAUAUGUAGGCAGCUUGUAUGUAUGGAAGAGCGACCUGCCCAGAGAUCACCCUGCUGUCAUCAAGAGGAGGUUUACCAGCGUACUGAUUGUAUCCUCAUUAUCUCCGUUAUUCCUGUCGGUAUGGAAGGAGUUAACUGGCAUCAAGACAGAUGCAGCUUUCCUUUCCCUUAUGGGUUUCCGUCUUGAAGGCAUUCUUAUAGCUACAGUUUUACCUCUGUUAUUGACCAUGAUAUUGUUCCUUGGUCCUCUUGUCCAGCUCUCUAUGGAUUGCCCGUGGGACUUCCUCGAUGGCUUGAAAGUAGCUUUUGAUCCUAGGUUCUGGAUGCUCUGCAUAACUGACAUGCGGUGGCUACGUAACCAGGUGAUUGCCCCGCUAACAGAGGAGUUGGUCUUCAGGGCCUGCAUGCUUCCUAUGUUAGUACCAUGUACUAGCCCUGGGACAGCCAUCUUUACAUGUCCAUUAUUCUUUGGCAUUGCUCAUUUCCAUCAUGUUAUUGAGCAGCUACGAUUUCGACAGGGUACUGUUGUGACCAUAUUUCUGUCAGCUGCAUUUCAAUUUUCAUAUACUGCAGUAUUUGGAGCUUACACUGCCUUUAUCUUCAUAAGAACAGGGCAUAUUAUAGGACCUGUACUUUGCCAUUCCUUCUGCAAUUACAUUGGAUUUCCAGCCAUAUUUACAGCUUUGGACCAUCCACAGCGCACAACUAUUCUCAUUUUCUACAUUCUCGGGGUUGUACUUUUUUUUCUUCUUCUGUAUCCCAUGACUGAUCCUGCUUUGUAUGGGGACAUACCUGUCUGUUACUUAUUGGAGAGAGGAUCUGCAGACCGUCGCUCACUUUGUUCCUGA